AUGGAGGACGUGUUUAUUCAGGCUUGGGCACAGAUUAAGUGGAAGGAGGACCAAUACAAUAUGCAGAGGGUCUUCCCACCCAGUAGAUCCGAAAGAGACCACCGGGUGGAUAGGAGGUCAGGUCGUGAUAGACGUGCUGAACCAUACCCACCUUAUCGACAAAGUAGAGGAAGGGAUGAGUACGAUAGGGCACCCGACACACGCCCCCGCGAGAAAGCAAAGAUUUCAGAGUACGCCCUAUCCAUCUCCCCCUCCGAAGCAGUUGAAGCACUAAGGAACCUGGGCAACAAGGUUAAAUGGCCAGAGAGGAUGAGGGCCCCAGCCGACCAGAGGGACAGGUCCAAGUGGUGUGAGUUCCAUGCAGACCAUGGGCAUCGGACAGAGGAUUGCAUCGCCCUCAGAUUGGAAGUGGCCCACCUACUAAAACAAGGCCACCUCAUCGAUUACCUAACCGAGAAGGGCAAGCAGACCCUACAACAAGGAAGGGAUAGACAUGAUGACCAUAGAGAAGCUACACCGCCAAUCCCACCAUCUCAUGAAAGAACCGUGAAUGUGAUAUCUGGUGGCUCCGAAGUAAGUGGGGUCACCCACUCCGCAGCAAAGAAGCAUACUCGACAGGCUAUGUCUAACAAGGCAGAAACCAACAUGCCCUGCCAGACCGCUUCAACCCUUCCGACCCAAACAAUCAAUUUUCAUACAACUGAAUCAGACAAGCUUCUUCACCCUCAUCAUGAUGCUUUAGUUAUUUCAAUUUUUAUUGCAAAUUGUUUGACCAAGCGUGUUCUAAUCGAUAAUGGUAGUUCUGCCAAUAUCUUGUUUUUUGAUGCUUUCAGGGAGAUGGGACUGAACGAGUCCAAAAUAAUAAAAAAAUCUGCGGUGCUCAUAGGCUUCAGUGGUGAGACCAAGACCACGAUGGGAGAGAUUGACCUUUCUGUCUAUGCUGAAGGGGUGAAUCAAUCAACCAAGUUCUUAGUGAUCAACGCCCCUUCCGCAUUCAACGUCAUUUUGGGACGACCAUGGAUCCAUGAUAUGGAAGCAGUGCCAUCUACUUACCACCAAGUCAUCCGGUUCCCAACUAAAUGGGGCAUCAAGGAGAUCAGGGGCGAGCAAAAAGAUUCAAGGGCAUGCUACCAAACGACCAUGAAGGCAAAGCAAAUCGCUCAAUAG